AUGUCGGGUAUCACGGAAUUGAUUGAUCGGGCUACGAACCAGCAGGACAGUGACUUCGUGACGGGUUCGAUCGUUGGCACCGUCGUUGGGAGACGAGGGCAAAUCCUGUAUCAACAUGUCAGCGGCGUGGGUUCGGCGCCCGACCAGCCCCUGACAGGCGAUCAUCUCUUCUGGCUGGCUUCGCAGUCCAAGUUGAUGUGCGCGGUCGCGGCGAUGCAGACGGUGGAGAGAGGCCUCAUUGGACUCGACGACGAUGUGGCGCCUCAUGUACCCGAACUGGCUGCUCUGGAGGUCCUGGAUGGCGGCGAGGAUGACAAGGGAGUCCCCACGACCAAGCCCCGGAAGAACAAAAUCACCCUGAGUGGUGUCGGCUACGACAUUAUGCCAUUUUCCCUGGCCAAAUGGGCCAAGGCAACCGGGUUGAAAUACACGACUCUGGACAACACGGGGAUCCCCAUGAAGACGGUGCCCUUGGCCUUUGAGCCCGGAACAAGCUGGACCUACGGAGCUGGGAUUGACUGGGCCGCUGAGGUGGUCGCGAGACUCAACAAGACCACGCUCGAGGACUACUACCGCAAAAACAUCUGGGAGCCAUUGGGCAUGACGCACACGACCUUCCACCCGCUCAAGUUUCCCCCCAACGAGAUCGUCCAAGGCUUCGAACGACAAGAGACCGGCAAGGCCAUUGCCAAAGACAUUCCCGUCCCUAAGGAAAGCCCCGUGGAGAUGGGCGGCCACGGGGUCUGGGGCAGCGCGAAUGACUACAUCAAAAUGCUGUCGGCGCUGCUUGAUGGCGGAGGGCCUAUCCUGUCCUCCAAGAGCGUCGAUGAGAUGUUCUCUCCCCAGAUGCUGCACCCGCAGGCUUUGGAUGACGUGGUCAAGGGACCCUACAAGCCUGUCCUUGGUCCCUCGAUCCCGCCGGACGCGAAGAUCGAUCACGGCCUGUCCGGGCUGAUCAACCUCGAGGCCUUUCCCGGUCGUCGAGCUGCCGAUACUUUACAGUGGUCGGGCGCACCGAAUCUGAUCUGGUGGAUCGACCGGAAAACAGGGAUUGCGGCGACGGCAUUCCUCCAGAUCAUGCCCCCUGGUGAUCCCAUUGCCGGAAAGUUCAACGUCAAUUUCGAGGAGCAGGUCUACAAGGCUUUUGGAAAUGGGGGUUGA